AAAUAAUAUCACGUGAUCCAAAAUGGGCAGUCCUCUGACGGUGCUGAAAAAAGCCAUUUUCUGGCGCUGCUGCAAAUUCUGCCCAAGUCCAAAUAAUUUACCUGGAUCCUCGUUGGGAGGAGAGGGAAACUUUUAUGUCUAAUCAGAUCUGUCCAGAUGGAUAAAAUGCAGCCCAACCGGAUUAAAAUCACAGAUCUGAAUUCACACCUCACAUGUCCACUGUGCGCUGGUUACUUAAUUGAUGCUACAACCAUCGUAGAGUGCCUGCACUCUUUUUGUAAAACUUGCAUUGUUGCCUUCCUGGAGACAAAUAAGUUCUGCCCACGAUGUGACGUUCAGGUCCACAAGACAUGUCCACAGCUCAGCAUCAGAGCUGACAAAACUCUACAAGACAUUGUUUAUAAGCUUGUUCCAGGGUUAUUCAAAGAUGAGAUGAAACGGAGGCGGGACUUCUACGCAGAGAAUCGUGUGCUGGAACCAGGGGAGGUGGUGGAGACGUUUAACAUAGCAGAGGAUGAAAUCAUCAGCCUGUCCAUACAGUUCUACGAGAGGAACAAAAAUAAUGAGAGGCAGCAUUCAGAGCUGGAAGGAGACAAGUCCAAUGGUAAACGCUUCCUGCAGUGCCCAGCAGCCAUGUCCGUCAUGCACUUAGCGAAGUUCCUCCGAAGCAAGAUGGAUAUUCCCAACAACUACCGGGUGGAGGUGUUGUAUGGAGAUGAGCCCUUGAAGGACUACUACACACUAAUGGAUAUUGCCUACUUCUACGAGUGGAGACGAACUGGACCCAUCCCCCUGCAGUAUCUGGUCAAACCCACCCGGAAGCGCAGGAGGCCGUGCCAGUCCGCCGCGCAGGGCCACUCUGACGGUGUCAACACCAGCCCGACGUCAGAGAGCGACUCCCAGAGCGACAAAGUCCACAGUCCUGCUGCAGCCCAGCCGGCCCGAGCCUCCUCACAAUCCAGCCCUGCGUCCCACAACCUCUCUCCCGCCAUCCAAAGCUCCAACGGUACCACAGUGCCCAACAACACUCAGCGACAUACUCUCGCCUCCAAACAGGCCGCCAACGCUCGGAAGGUGACUGUCAACGGCACGAGCUCUGGGGCCAGCAAAGAGGAGGCGAGGGGAGGCGACAAAAGCGGUUUGCCUCCGACGACCUAACGUGUGUACAGGGCAACGGGGAGGACAGUGUUUGAAUUGCUCCCUUUUUCUUUCUACAGAGCAGAAAGACGAGCUUUUCUGCCCUCUGGACAAACAGGAGGCAGAUUACUGUUAUCAUCUUUCAGCAGGAAAGACUGAAAAGUGCAGCCAAAUAGACACUUGUAUGUAUGUAUGUGCGUGUGUGUGUGUUUAUGUGUGUUAGACUAGAACAGUGCACACAUACAAACUGUACAGUAUGUAUCAAAUGUGAGCAUGUGUGCAUACAUAUGUAUAAACUUAUCUUUUAUACAAGAUAUUGUAAUCGUUUUGUAUUGUAUAUGCAGUGGGUCCGUUUCAUUUCCAUACUGUAGUUCCAUCAACGUUGAUUUGGCUUCGUAACACUUGAGACAAAAUGCUGAUCGCUGUGUGCGUCACUGCAGAAGUUGGAUGUAAAGAAGAAAAAAAGAAGUUAACCCUUGCCUUUGAACAGUCAUGUUAAUAACUGCUGUAUAAGUGUCCAGUAUAAGCAACUGCUCAUCAGGUUACACAGGUACAUUACAUUAAAACUGUCCAUGCACUUUGUUAAGGUCAGAUCACACAAUGCAAACUGACAAGUAUUUUCCAACAGGAGAAGCAUUUAUAUUUACACAAUUCCAAGCACUACCAUGCUCACAAGCAGAUGUUUGUCAGCAGCUCAUCUCUCUCCCCCUCGCUCUCUCUCUAUCUCUCUCUCUCUCUAGGCUCGGCUCUCUCUCUCUCUAUCUCUCUCUCUCUCUCUCUCUCUCUCUCUCUCUCUCUCUCUCUCUCUCUCUCUCUCUCUCUCUCUCUCUCUCUCUCUCUCUCUCUCUCUCUCAUGGCAGUCGAACAACUCAAAAGGGAUUUGAAUAUUUGGCCAUGUAUGUUGUAGUUCCAUAAAUUUCAACAUUCCUUUUGUUUCUUUUCAACAAACAAUGAUACUUUUUUUAUCAGCCAUAUGUGCAUGUUUUAGGUCAAUAAAAUGUUUACUUACUAGGUU